UUGAAGGCCUCAAUUUAUGCCCUUGUGCAUAUAUCAACAAAUUACAGUGUGUUUGAAUUGAUUUGUAAGUUAUAAAGCCAGGAGAAACAUGUAUUUGUACUUCCAAAAUAAACAUUAGCUAGUUGUCACGGAUCCUGAUUAGUGCUAAUCUCUGGAUUACUUCAUGUUAAUCUAGGUCAGUUAGUCCUUUAUGGGUGUAACUCUGGCUUCAGUGUAGAAAUGCCUUUGUUCUUCAUUUUCAUAGGCCAAUUUUACAAUUAUGUAUGAUCAUCUUUCAGGAAAAAUUGUGUGAAUUUGUAAAACCUCUCUGUAAAUAAAACAUUGUACUGUGUGUGGUAAUAUAUGAACCAGUAAGUGGUCACCCACUUAAAAACGACUACAUUUGGAGGAUAUCCCAUCUCAGUAAACUGCUAAUGGCAGAGCAACUCGAUAGUUUCAGCUUUUAAUACACCUGAAUGACUAGCUGUCAGUGAAGGUCCUCCUACAUGCCUGUAAUACCAACAGUUUUUAAGACACUAAUGCGGAUAAUGAUUUGGCCUGAAGCCUCGGGUGGAUUUGGAGGAUGCUCAGUCACCAGUGGAGGAUAGUUUGGGAGCUGUCCGACAUAGACUGUUCUGAGUGACGCACGGUUGUACAAAUGGGGGAACACGAAACUCCGGCGCUUGUAGAGAGUCAUUCAGAGAUACACCACACGCUGGCCAAGAACAGAAACCUCAGACAUAUUGUGCUCUAGUGUACAAUGAGAAGAAGCCUCUAGCAGAGCGUAUAUUCACACCAAACUCGACUAAUAAGUUUUCAAAAUGGACUCCCACGGGUCUUCGGUGGACCAUGUUCAUACACAGAUGAGUGGUGUGGAGAAGGUAUCUAGCGGCUGGCAUAAGCCCACUCAUUCCAGGAGCAGCAGCACUGCAUCCUCACGUCAUUCACGGCUGAACAUUAAAGACUGGGAAGUAAUGGACGACUUUCCAGUCGAUUUGAACCUCGCUGGAGAAAACAUGCAGGAUGCUAAUACUCCAGGAAUCUGUGAAGGCUACUUGAUGAAGAGGAGAAAGUGGCCUCUUAAAGGUUGGCAUAAGAGAUACUUUGUCUUGGAUAAAGGGAUUCUACGAUAUUCAAAAAAUCAACAUGAUUUUUCCAAAGGGAGAAUGCAUGGUGCACUAGAUGUCAGUCUUGCAGUUAUGUCAGUAAACAAAAAAGCAAGACGUAUAGAUCUGGAUGCUGGAGACAUUCUUUAUCACAUGAAAGCCAAGACUCCAGAAUUAUAUUACAUAUGGGUCACCAAGCUGAGUGCCCACAGGAUGUAUAAGAAAAACGAAGCUGCACACGUUCACAAUGGCUUCCUCCAGGCCCUGUCCCAAGGCACUAAUUUAACUCCGAAAAACAGUCCCAUGCAGGACAUGGGUACGUCGUAUGUGGGUGAACCUGUGCCAUAUGUCAAUCCUGCCAUUAAUGGGAAAGUGUCAGCUUGGCUACAGACCCAAGAACCUGACAUCUGUGCACAAGAGCUUACCCGCUGUCAAAUGGAGCUGAAUGAGCUGCAACGGCUGGUCCAAAAGUUGAAUUCUCUAGAGUCGGGGCAAACGGUCAAUAAUGGAGAUCUCCAAAGGAUUAUCAGCAUGCAGAAUCUCCUUCUUGACAAGCCUAAGAAGAAAGGUGGCAAGAUUUGGGGUCAUUCUCGCACUCUGUCUCGAGUUGAGGCUCUUGGAAUGCCAUUUCGUGGGAUUACUAAAUCGUUAUCAUCAAGCCACCUGAACAGUUCUUCCCACCUGGGAACCUCUGUCCCUUCCAUCCCUGAUUAUGUCUCCACCCUGGCAACGCAACCAGCUUCCACCUCACCAGAAAACAAGAAACUCCACCAAGACAUCUGCUCCAUGUCCUUGAAAGUCCACGCCUCUUUGCGUACUGCACAUGAGGCUCUCGCUCAGGAGCGCCAGCGCCUUCAGGACGCCUGGUCCAGCAGGGAGCUUCAUCAGACCACCUCUGCCCAGAUCAACAACCUCUGCAGCCUGGCUGAGUUAGAUGUUAAGUCCCGUCACACCAAAAUCCACAAACUCUCAGUGUCCUCCGACUCCUCAGAAGAGUCCUUCCGUACUGUGCUACAAAGGAAGUCUAGUAGUUUGUCUUUCCGUGCGCCCUCGGUGGCUGACUCAGCGGCGGAGUAUUUUGACGCAUGUGAUGAGCUUAUGUGUCCAAGCUCUUCUGAGAUGUCCGACGAGUCCGGUCUGAGUGAUGGCUCCAGUAAUUCAGAGCCUGAUGAGGCUCAUGCAAUGGCUUCACGCAAGUACCGCGCUAGCCUUUCAAAGGCACCACCAAAACAGAACACCAUAAAGAACACCGGACGUCGUACUGCUCUGCCUGCAGUCUGCCCUGACAACAGCCACGUCGGAUUGAUGACUAUCCUCUAUAACAACAUAGGAAAGGAUCUGUCCCGUGUCUCCAUGCCAGCAGCUCUGAAUGAACCUGUGUGCCUGCUACAGAGACUCUGUGAGGAGCUGGAAUACUCUGACCUGCUAGAUACUGCCAGUCACACCGAUGACCCCUACCAGAGGAUGGUUUAUAUUGCUGCUUUUGCCAUAUCUGGCUAUGCCACGGCUCAGUAUCGCAAUCGUUACAAACCUUUCAAUCCAGUUCUGGGAGAGACAUUUGAGUGUAUCAGAGAGGACAGAGGCUUCCGCUACAUUAGUGAACAGGUUUCCCAUCAUCCACCAAUAUCUGCGUGUCAUGCAGAAUCAGACAAUUUCAACUUCUGGCAGGACCAGAGAUGGAAGAACAAGUUUUGGGGCAAAUCUUUGGAGAUCAUGCCAACAGGGAUGGUGAAUGUGACUCUGAAAAAAUACGGGGACCACUAUGAAUGGAACAAAGUGGUGACGUGCAUCCACAACGUCCUUAGUCAGCAGCGAUACCUUGAGCACUAUGGUGAAGUCAUUAUUCGCAACCUGAAAAGUUCGGUCUGCACCUGUAAAAUCACGUUUGUCAAGUCACGUUACUGGGGUUCAGAUGGUUCCAAAAACGAAGUGCAAGGUCAGGUUCUUGACGAGUCUGGUAAUGUUGUCCAUCGUUUUGGUGGAUUUUGGCAUGAAGGGAUCUUCUGUGACACCCUUCCCAAUCCACAGUGUAUCUGGAAGCCAAAUCCACAGCCCAAGAACUACUUGAUUUACUAUGGCUUCUCCAGCUUUGCAAUGGAGAUGAAUGAGCUGACCCCUGACCUUAAGCCCCUGCUGCCCCCUACAGAUACACGCUUGCGUCCUGACCAAAGGCUUCUAGAGGAAGGGAAAAUAGAGGAGACUGAUAAAAAGAAGGACGAAGUGGAAGAAAAGCAAAGAGAAAGGAGGAAGAUUCUGGCCAAGAGAGGAGAGGAGCAUAUCCCUCGCUUCUUCAGGAAAACUCUGGAUGCUGCUGGAAGGGAGGUUUGGCUUUACAAUGGAACCUAUUGGAAGAUUAGGGAGAAUCCUGGUUUUGCCAGUGUUAAAAACCUGGAGUUAUGGUGAAGAAGCAGAUUGAUGCAACACUGUGGACACUAAAUGCCUGUGAUAAAUUCAGUUUGCACAAUUUUUGAAAGACUAUAUAAACUUUUGGGAGCAAUGAUGAAUUGCCAAGGGUUUUUGUACUAAACCGAAUCCAUUGAGCAAGGAUGAUGCUUUUACCAAAGAACAAGAGGAGGGAUACAUUUUGAACAUUUCUGUUUAUUUCAUGGUUGAGGACACAGGUGAACAGUUUGACUUUGUCUUCCACUUUGGAUAAAUUAUAAGCCAAAAGGUAAACAAGAAUGUAUGUGAAUAUUGCCGAUGUUUAGUUUUAACAAUUGCACUUGCACAUUUUUAAGGAUGACGUUAAAAUACUUUUCACUUUAUGUAAGUACUUACGAUAUAAUAAGAGUGCGGAUAAAGAAAAUUGGUUAUUUGAUCACACGUAAUAUUCAGAGGUCUCAUUAACUAGCUUUUUCUUCAAUUAACUCCUAGUUUAUAAAAGGACCGUUAUUUCUUUUGCAAAGCUGUGUCUUAACCUGAGCAGGAUUGAGGAGUAAAUGGAUUAACUCUAAUUUGGGUCCUCAUUGACUUUUACUAAAGGAGGGUCCUGAAUGUGUCCACAUUGCACGUCUUAUUUUUUUUUUAAUGAACCAAAUGUUGUAUUUUGAUUUUAGACAUUGAUAUUAUAUUUAUUGGCAUUUAAGUAUGAAUUAAGCGCAGAAUUUAAAAUGUGAUAUCAGAAAUGACCAUUUUAUGUAGGCCUGGAUGAAAAAAGAUCAUAGUGUACAAAUGUUCAAUUGAGUCAUCACUUGUAUAGUUAUUUAAAACAGCAAUAAAAUGUACAAUAUUAAAGAAAAAAAUGAAUUUGUAUAGUUCAGUCUUUAUUACAUUUAAGAAUGAAUCAAAAACAUCCUUUAAUAUUAUAUACAAUAUUUUGACAGGUGUGUCUGAGGCUCAGUUUGCUAGGCUGAGGAAACUUACUACUGAAGCACCUCAUUUAUUUUUUGUAAUGUUGCAUUUAACUCAAUAGAUAGA